AUGGGCGCAAGGAAGUUCGCCCUCAUCAACGUCGGCCUGCAAGGCUGUGUGCCAGCGGCGCGGGUGCUCAGCCCGAUGGGCGAGUGCUGGCACAGCCUCAACCAGCUCGCCGCCGGCUUCAACGACGCCCUCCGGUCCCGGCUCGCCGGCCUCGCCCCGAGGCUGCCGGGACUCGUCUACUCCCUGGCCGACCUCCUCGGCUUCACGCGGGACACCUUGGCCGACCCGUGGGCUUCGGGGUACACCGACAUCGUCGGCGCGUGCUGCGGCAGCGGGCGGUUGAGCGGGGAGGCGGAGUGCUUUCCCAACUCCACGCUCUGCGCUGACCGCGAUCAGCAUGUCUUCUGGGAUCGCGUGCACUUCUCCCAGCGGACAGCAUUUCUCAUCGCCCAGGCGUUCUACGAUGGGCCAGCAAAGUACACCACUCCCAUCAACUUCAUGCAACUGGCCCAGUCCAGUUAUUUAACCACGAAAGCAUUAGUAAUUUGAGACUUUGAGCAGAUGUGAUGAGACAGCAGGCCAAUUGAAAUGGAGAAUCAAAUCACGAAAUGAAAAU